AUGGCGUCUUACCACACUCGAUCUUUAAGUUUUCCAUCAAAAUCUCACCCAGUUGCUGAUCAGGUAGAACAACAAUUGUGCAGAGUGAGGUCUUCUCAAGCUGCCUCUACUUCAUCAUUGACGAACAAACUUACCGAUCUAAAUGAUUUGUACAAAUGUGUUGAUGAGUUUCUUCAACUACCAGUUAAUCAGAAAACUCAAUCUGGCAGUUGGGUUGAUGAGGUUUUGGAUGGAUCUCUAAGACUCCUCGACGUUUGUUCUACAUCGAGGGAUGUCUUGGCACAAUCAAAGGAAAUGCUUCAAGAAAUACAAUCAGUUCUUCGCCGAAGGUGUAGCAGUGAACUUAAUAUAUCGAAUCAUGUCUCUGAAUACUUGAAAGCCAGAAAGACAAUAAAGAAGGUGAUCCAAAAGUGCUCAAAAGGCAUUCGAGAAGUUGUCAAGACUAACGAGGCCAAUCCCAUUGAGGCAACUUUGAAAGAUGUGCAAGCAAUUACAGUUGACAUCUUCAAGUCAUUGUUUUCUUACAUUGGUGGAUCACAGAAAAGUAGCUGGACUUUCUCUAAAUUUGUGAGAGGUCAAAAAUCUGAGAAAGAAACAGCAGCAAUCAGUGAAUUGGAUGCAAUUGAUGCAACAGUUGAUAUGUCACAGUUAGUAAAAUUAGAGUCAAACAUUGAAAAAAUUGAUCGAGUUUUAGAAUGCUUGUUUAGGCAUCUUGUUAAGACAAGGGCAACUCUUUUGAAUAUCCUUAGUAACUAG